AUGAAAACCGACCAAAUUAAAAUCGAAUCUUCUGAAGAAUUAAAAAUCCCUUAUGUUCGUUUGGAGCGUUGCAGUUUAGAAGAAAUUAAUGGCUACAAACUGAUACCAGAAAGAAAUGCUUACUCUUUGAUGGAAUCUAGAUCGGAAGAAUCUAAUGAAGAAGAAAGUGGCAAUAAUAUGCUAUCAAUGGACUUUGUGACUUUAUUUGGUGAUUAUGAAAGAUUGUACCGUUCCUAUGUCUUACUUGAACGGUUAUCUCCACACGAUAUUCAAAAUUUAUCGAAUAAAAAGGAUUAA